UACUGACAGCGUAUUUACGUCAGCCACGUUGGAACUGCCAACUCGGUGUUUUUAUGAUAAAUAUUUUAUUUUUCUCAUCUAAAUACCCGGCGUUGGCGAGUGAGCAUGAAGAUCAAGGAACUGAAGCGGACGGUGAACGUGAGUUGGUCGCCGGCGGAGCAGGCGCCGGUGCUGCUGGCGGCCGGCUCGGCGGCGCAGCAGGUGGAUGCUUCCUUCAGCAGCUCGGCGCAGUUGGACCUGUAUUCCUUGAAUUUGGAGGACCCUGGACUCGAUUUGGAACUUAAAGCCAGUCUGCAAACGCAGCAUAAAUUUCAAAAGUUAGUAUGGUCAGGAGCAGGUGUCAUUGUGGGGGGUUGCGACGGUGGUCUCUUAGAGUUCUACAGUGCUGACAGACUGCUCAAAAAAGCUGACAACCCACUGCUCGGCAGCAACACUAAACACAACAACCAUGUAUCAGCAUUGGAUAUAAACCCGUACCAGAAGAAUCUCCUGGCCUCUGGAGCCUCUGACAGUGAGAUCUUCAUCUGGGACCUGAACAACACAAGCCAACCCAUGGCUCCGGGCAAUAAGAGUCAGCCACUGGAUCAUGUGCAGGCUCUUGCCUGGAAUCAGCAGGUCCAACACAUUCUUGGCUCGACGUUUGCAUCAAGAUGCGUCGUAUGGGACUUGCGUAAAAACGAGCCUAUUAUGAAAUUAAGCGACACCGUGUCCCGCAGCCGCUGGCGCGCGCUGGCGUGGCACCCCGGCGUGGCCACGCAGCUGUGCGUGGCCUCCGAGGACGACGCCGCGCCCGUCGUGCAGCUCUGGGAUCUCAGAUUGGCAGCUUCUCCGCUAGUAACACUGGAGGGUCACCAGAAGGGUGUGAUGGCGUUAUCCUGGUGCAGACAAGACCCUGACCUCUUGCUGUCGGCUGGACGCGACGGCCGAGUGCUAUGUUGGAACCCUAAUAACACUCAGCCGGGCGGAGAGCUGCUUGUCGAAGUGGCACAGCAAGAGCAGUGGGUGUUCGACGUGUCCUGGUGUGCCCGGGACCCUAGUUUGCUGGUGUCGAGCUCUUUCGAGCAGCAAGUCACUGUGCAUUCGUUGUUGGGUGGUGGAGGCAGCGCGAGGCCAGAAACUAGCGGCCAGAGCCAGUCGAACAUCCUGGAGGCAUUCGGCGCGGCGUCGCUCGGGCAGCUGCCGCAGGUGUCGCGCGCCGCCCCGCCGCCCGCCGCCCGCGCCGUGCUGCCGCGCGCGCCCAGGUGGCUGCGCAGGCCUGUGGGAGCCAAGUUCGCUUUCGGCGGCAAACUGGUGACGUUUGAGAAGUGCCCUCAAGAAAACCCACAGAAAACUGUACACAUUAGCCAGGUGGUGAGUGAACCGGAAAUAAUCGAGCUGGCAGCGGGGCUGGACGAGGUGCUCGGCUCCACGCUCAGCAGCGAGCCGGGCGCCGUGGAGGCGUUGGCGCAGUACUGUCGGCAAAAAGGCGACGCCGCAAGCGAGCAAAACGAUCGCUACACGUGGUUCUUCCUUCGAGCGAGUUUCCUACCCAACUUCAAAAGUGAGGUGCUUAAUCUGCUGGGAUUCAAGCAAGACGAAAUUCCGUCUAAGUUCAAGAAUGGAGUCGCCGACCAGACCGACCACGCCGGGCUCAGCCGGGGCGAGUCCACGGAGACCGACGCGGAACUCUCCACUGACACCAGCACUGAUCUUUCGGAUGCACACACACUGAUCGAAAGGAAACUGGCUAAUUUGGACCGGGAGCCCCAGGCACAAAAUGUCGUCCUUCCCAACGGAGAAGAUUCCACGAGCCUCAUCUGCCGCGCGCUGGUGUGCGGGCAGCUGGAGGAGGCCGUGGAGCUGUGCCUGGACGCCCGGCGAGUGGCCGACGCCCUCAUCAUCGCCUCCCUGGGCAGUCAAGAGCUCCUGUACAAAGUCCAGAAAUACCACCUGGCGCACUCCGGCCGCGACCCGGUGGGCCUGGUGGCCGGCAGCUUGCUGAGCGGCCGCUGGGAGGCGCUGCUGGCCGCCUCCAGCCCGUCCUCGUGGCGAGACGUGCUGGCGACGUGUGUCACUCACACUGACGGCGCCGAGCUGCAGCAUUACUGCGAAAUGCUCGGAGAUCGCCUCUCAAAAGAGACCGACCCAGCCCUCGCAGAGGCAGCUACAGUGUGCUAUCUAGUGGGCGCUUCGGCCGACGCCUUGCUAUCUCGUUGGGUGGCGAAACGGAAGGACGGCGGAGCGCACGCCUUGGCAAAACUUACGGAGCUGGCGUUGCUUAUGAGGAGAGCCGCGGCCGCUAGAGGGAGAGACAUACAGAAUGGCGGCAAACUGGAGGCAGUGCUUACAGAGUACGCGGGACGUCUAGCGGCCCAGGGUUGCCUCCGCAGCGCGCUCAGCAGCCUGGAGGGCGCGGCGCGCGGCGAGCUGCACGAGCGCCUGCACACGGCCCUGGGCCUCGACCCGCGCCGGCAGAGCCAUCAGCAACAACAGCAAGGCAUGCCGCAGUUCGCGCGCUGCCGCACGACGAGCGGGCACGCCAAGCGCGGACAUCUCGUGGCACACAACGACGUUUCAAACACCUACAGCGCAGUGGCGCCAUCAUACGAGCCCAACCCGUGGGCGCAGCAGCCCCGCGCCGCGCCCGCCCCGCAGCCCCCGCAGCCCCCGCAGCCGCCGCGCCCGGCCAGCGGGGGCGCGCACUCCGGUGGAAUAACCUCCAAAUCCAAAUACAAAGUGGAUCCAUCCGUGCAAUCCGCGCCCCUCUACAACCAGUACAGUUUCAAUAACCCCCAACCCCCCACUUAUGGCUUCAACAGCCCCCUUCCUGACCAAUAUAGCGGCGCGACAGUCCCUAGUAGUGGUAGUUACACAUACAGCCAGCCGGUAAACCAGAGCCAACUAAACCCGAUAAACCCGAGUGUAAAUCCACUAAACUCGAUGAACCCGAGUGUAAAUCCACUAAACCCGAUGAACCCGAGUGUAAAUCCACUAAAUCCGAUGAACCCGAGUGUAAAUCCACUAAAUCCGAUGAACCCGAGUGUAAAUCCCCUAAACCCGAUGAACUCUACUGUAAAUCCGAUAAACCCGAGUGUAAAUCCAAUGAACCCGGCGCCAGUAGCGAGUCAAGUGAACGGCAACUACUAUCAGGAGCGGCGGCAGGAGGCGCCGCCUGGCUGGAACGACCCACCACCGGUUACUGCCAAGCCUAAGCCAAAACAAGAAGUCCAGCAGCAAGCGCCCAUCACCCACCCCCUAUUCGGGGUCGAGCCCACACACGUGCCUCUUAACCCUGCCCAGCAAUAUCCUGGGCAACAACAGUUCCCUGGACAACAAUAUCCUGGCCAACAACAAUAUCCUGGCCAACAACAGUACCCAGGGCAACAACAGUAUCCUGGACAGUACGACCAGUACCAACAGCAACAGUACCCACCUGUACAGCAAUAUCCUCAGUCGGCGUCACCGUUGCCAGCCGUAGAAGCAACUCCCACACAGAAGGCUGAACUGCCUGAAGAACAUAAAGUCAUGCAGAGCGUCUUCGACGCCAUUCGAGCGGAGUGCUCUAACAGGGCUGCGAACCCGCAAAUGAAGAGGAAACUAGAAGAUGUCCAACGGAGGCUGGAGACGCUGUACGACCUGCUGCGAGAAUACCGGUUAUCCGAGACGGCGUUAAGCUCGCUCCACACUUGCGUGCAGUACGUGCAGUCGUCGGACUACGAGAACGCACUGCACGUGACGACUUCACUCGCGACUGGCGCCGACUUCGCCGCCGCAGCGUCGUUCCUGCCCGGCCUUAAAACGCUAUUCCAACUCGCGGGACAACUGCAGGUCUACGUGCGGUGAGCGCCGAGAACGCCUAUCCGCCAAUGCCAAGAACGCACAUGUGCGUUCGUUUCUUACAUUAAAGUGAAUGUGUCAAUCUAACAUGGCUCACGAUUCUAUCCAUAUUUAAGUAUGAUAAAUAAUUUCCAACAUAUUUAACUCUUGAACGCUACAGAACAAUAGUUGUCAAACCUAAACUUCAACCUAACCUAACUAAUACGUGCUUAUGUUGAGGCCAAUUUAAUAUUUUGGCGACUGUAAUGUCCCUAGAAUUAAGAGGAACAUACAAACGUAAUCUUUGGAUAAUGUCUAAUGACAUUAUAGAAAACCUGUUUACAAGAGGGGAUUUUUGUAGUUACACGAGCGCAUCAGGUUAAGAUAUGAGUGAUACUUGCUACUCCAUGGAGUCUACCUUUACCACUUUUAGCCAUUAACUUGACCAAAAUGACCAAAUCCACAAUCUACUUAAAGAUUUUUUAACCCUUCACCAACCAAAUUAAAAAAAAAAAGAUUUGUAGACGCUUUCCUGCUCGCUUGAACAGAAAACUCUAUAUAACCUUUUUUUCUUCCUAUCAUCUUAUCAUUCAAUUCCCAUAGGUCUCUACGACGCUCGAGUAUUUUUUAACCCUCCACCAACCUCCCGAAAUUAAAAAACAGAUCUGUAGAGACGCUUUUCUGCUCGCUGGAAAAGAAAACUUUAUAUAACCUUUUUUAGGGUUCCGUAGCCAAAUGGCAAAAACCCUUACGUCUGUCUGUCCGUUUUUUUCCUAUCAUCUUAUCUUUCAAUUCCCAUAGGUCUCUACGACGCUCGAGUAACUACACAUUUAGAUUCGCCGGCUCACCGGCUAACACGAUUUGAUGUAUAUAAACCAUUAGCUAUGCCCUUCGUUGAGACUUUCGAUUUUUCUUCUUUUUAUAAUUGAAUACAAUUACGAGAUAAGGUACCUUAUAUGAAUAGAAGAUAGUAAUUACUCGACUGACAGGCGAAUGAUAAUGUAUUGUACCUCUACCUCAAUGAAUUUCAAGUUUCCGUGGACCCUUUGACCGCCAAGGACGUCAACUGACACGCGCUGCAGCCCAAUUUCAACCUUCGUGCAUUGUGACAAGGUUCACGAUGACGCGCCGCACACGACAGGCGUGGCAUUAAAAGGGUUAACUGUCCCUGAUUGUAAAUCUAUAACAUAACAUACUUGGUGUUUUUACUGAUUAGUAUUUAUGACCAAUAUGGAAAAGCGCAGAAUUUCCAUAAAUGUGUUCAUUAUUAAUUUAAUAAUUUAUACAUUAUUUUUGUUAGUUUGUUUAUAACUUAAAAACAUAUUUAAGUUAAAAAUCGUGCAGAAAAAUGAAGGAAUGGAAAGAUAUGGAUAGAAACCCAUUUUCUACCCUAAAAUUUUGUUUUUGUAUUCUAUGUGUUGAAAUAUUUUGUUAUAGUGACUUAAUAAAUUUCCAUAUGUAUUACCAAAUAGCCGGGUCCACACACAGCAAGCAUACGCGCGAGGCAAUUUCCUCACGCACAAUAUGGCCAGUGUAGACGUGCUACGGCCGAGGCGGCGCGCUCGGGCGAGGAAAAAGCAUGCGUCGCCUCGGCCGAGGCACGUCUACACUGGCUGGCUUGUGCGUGAGGAAAUUGCCUCGCGCGUAUGCUCGCUCUGUGUGGACCCGGCUAAUAACGAAUCAAACGCUCACCAGAUUUGAAUAAAAAAAAGGAGUCGGAAGAUUCCUGCGCUUCUGAGAAGCUUAGACAGCUCAGUAGGUGAAAAGCGAUCGGUUCGGUGUUCCGAAAGAUGACAGGUUCGCGCUUUGCCUGAAGCGGGAUUUUUUUUUUUUUUCAAUUUUUCCUUUCAUUUUAUAAUUGUAGUGUCGCUCUCAGACAUAAGUAUCUGGUUGAUAAAAAAUUGUAUAAAAAUAUAAUCCGAUAAGAUCUAUCGAGUCGAUGAUGUAAGUUAAUAUUAUUUUAUGUGCCUUACUUUAAUUAUUCAGAAAAAAAAGCUUCUACUAAAAGCAACACACUUUAAUUACUAUUAAACAUUAGACCUUAUUACGUUGAAAUAAGGUUUACGAAUUACUUUUUUAUUUGACCGCUUAAACUAAACUUUUGAACGCCAAAAACGCCUAAAGUCGUCAUUGAGAACGCAGUCAAAUCAAACUUGGCGUUUAGAAGGUUAAGGAGAUAAUAUUUUUUUAAUGAAAUGCUUUUAGUAUGUAAAUAUAUCCAUUAAAAAUAGUCACGAACAUGCAUAAAAAUGAUAGCUGUCAGCCAACGCAUUAUUAGUAAUGAUAGUGCCUUUUUAAGAAAACUGCUCAAUAAAUGGAACUUCCUGUUUUUUUCCUAAAAAUAGCCUACAUAAUGUACAUUUAGCAUCAAAAGUGGCGUAUUAGACUAUGCGUCAAAAUUAUCUAUCAUUCACUGAUAGUUUAACAAAAAGAGAUACAUAACUAUUGCAAAUACUUUAGAACGCGAACUGUCUAGAUAACUCUGUAAGUGGGAACGUAAUCGAGGAUGGCAGAUACUUUUGGCUCGUUGUUCAUGCGCUAUUAUUGUUGACUGUUGUGUUGGAUUCAAUGAGUUGAUAACUAUAGGAGACGCAGACGCUUACCCAUUUUUUUAAAAAUUGUUUUAAAUAGGAAAAUAAAAGAAACGCAAGCCACUGCAGUAAUUACGCGGGCGCCAUUUUGAACAGCUGACUGAGUGGCGCCAUCUUGCCGAGCAAAUUGGCUCGGGGAGGCAAAAGUUACACGAGCAUUUCGGCCGCGCGAGGCCGAGCGUUUGCCGCGCGAGGAGAUUUCCUCGCGAGGCUGCUCGCUCUGUGUGGACCCGCCUAAUGAUGAGCUCUAUGACAGUCAAAUGUUUUUGGACCUUUUUUGGUACUACAUAGAUAAUUGGAUGCUAUAGAUGUGCUAUACGCGUACGCCCGCGAGGAACAGAACAUACGCAAUGCGGUAAAAUUAAGAACCCGUUUUAACAUUCCUGACCAUACACCAAAAACAACCCACGUGAUUUGGGCGGGUUAUUUGUUACCCACCAUAAACCAAACUAAAUUUACGUUGGGGAAUAAAAAAUAUGUGAGACUGUGAGUGGGACAAACGAUUAACGCUUCUCUGCUACUCCUACUGAAAGAUACAUAAGACUAUCCCGUUCUGUCAGUUCCUCACUCAUACCCAAUCCAUACUUCACUAGAUUCAUGGUACUAUAACGCAUUUUUUUUAUUCAGAAAUGUAACAAUUAAGAAAUAAAAAUAUUGUAACAACCUA